AUGCUUACUACCAUCGAUGAUAAUUCUACUGUUGAUUUAUACGAAGAAAAACAUCUUCUAAUUCCAAAUAGUUUCUGUACACCUGUUUUACAACUGGUAUUAUUUGAAUCAACACAGCAUAUUGAUAUAUUAAACGAACAUGAUGCUAUUUUAACUGAGAAUCGAAUUAAAAAGCAUUUUAUCGAUUACUUUACAAUUGAAUAUAAUCGCCAUUCAUUUUCUUUACAAUUUCCAUUAAUAUCAAAUUCUAUUGUUGUUCAUGCUGGUAUUCUUUUUGAAAAUCAAUUAUGUUUCAUAUUUAAAAAGUUUCAUUUGUCGUCAACAAUAAUUCCAUUCUUAUCAACAUCUAUUAUUCAUCAACGAGAUUCAAUUAUAAGUUUUCUGGCAGAUAUAACAGAUCCCAAUAUUCGUUUGUCCAAUGAUAAACGGCUAAAAGUUCAACUGAAAACAGUUACUGAAACCCCAUCGUGCUAUCAUCUUCCAUUAGAUGUAAAUCAACCAAGAUGGUCUCAUUCAUAUAAAUACCGAUCAGCAUCAAAUACACGAAUUAUCACCAUUACAGUGAAGGCAAGAAUCUUCCGUAUACUCCUAUUUUCUUCUUUUGGUCAUAACUCAGUAAAGAAAAAAGAUACACAGACAUUCUGCGAACGACAUGAAACCCGACCGUAG